UGGGUGGCCACGCACCUCCCCCUGGCCGCAGCUCGUCCCUGGCAGGAAGGGGUCUUCGGCAGGAGUGUGACGGACACUGGCCAGCCCAGCGUCUCUCCUGGCAAACCCGUGGGAAGCACCUGCUGGGAUGGCCCUCGCUCAAGAGCACGUGAAAAAGGAGAUUCUGGUGACAUAGGACCCCCUGGCCCUAAUGGAGAACCAGGCAUCCCGUGUGAGUGCAGCCAGCUGAGGAAGGCCAUCGGCGAGAUGGACAACCAGGUCACCCAGCUGACGACGGAGCUAAAAUUCAUAAAGAAUGCUGUCGCCGGCGUGCGCGAGACGGACAGUAAGAUCUACCUGCUCGUGAAGGAGGAGAAGAGGUACGUGGACGCGCAGCUGUCCUGCCAGGGCCGCGGGGGCACGCUGGGCAUGCCCAAGGACGAGGCCGCCAACGGCCUGAUGGCCGCCUACAUCACGCAGGCCGGCCUGGCCCGCGUCUUCAUCGGCAUCAACGACCUGGAGAGGGAGGGCACGUUCGUGUACUCGGACCGCUCCCCCAUGCAGACCUUCAACAAGUGGCGCAGCGGCGAGCCCAACAACGCCUACGACGAGGAGGACUGCGUGGAGAUGGUGGCCUCGGGCGGCUGGAACGACGUGGCCUGCCACGUCACCAUGCACUUCCUGUGCGAGUUCGACAAGGAGCACGUGUGAGCGGGCGGCCUCGGGGUGGCCGGCCCCCGGCGCCCCAGGCCGCCCCUGC